AACUGAUUUAUGGACUGAUCGUGUGAGCGAUAUCGAUCUUGAAACCUUUCAAGUUGAUGAUGAUAUUCUUCUUCAACAUACUUAUGUCAUCUUAAGAGGUCUAGAAAAGAAACAACAGACAAAUAAUAAGUCACAACAACAACAACAAAUAGCAGAUAUUCAAAGUAGAGAAGGUCAACAACAAAAAGUUCAAACAUGGUUUGAUGUAACAACUAGAUCGGCAACAACGCCCAAAGUGGUUGCUGAUAAAAAAGGAGACAAACCGAAGAUUCGUGUGUAA